AUGACUAUCACUAAUUUUCUUGAACGCAUGCGAAGUGAGAUUUUUAGGGAAGUUUCAUCAUCCAAAUCUGGUCAAGCUAUUGGGUUAUUGCUGGAAGAGAAUCAGUUCCUCUUGGUGUACGAGUAUUUGCCUAAAGGAAGCCUUGAAAAUCACCUCUUCUCAAAAGGAGAGGCGUUAACAUGGGAUACACGUUUGAAAAUUGCCAUUGAAGCAGCUCAAGGACUUACUUUUUUACAUAACUCCGAAAAGAGUGUUAUUUACAGAGACUUCAAGGCUUCAAACAUUCUUCUUGAUUCCAACUUCCACGCCAAGCUUUCUGACUUCGGUCUAGCCAAAAAUGGCCCGAUUAAUGGAUUCUCCCACGUGACCACACGUGUCAUGGGCACACAAGGUUACGCAGCUCCGAAUACAUGGCUACAGGUCAUUUAUACGUGCGGAGUGAUGUUUACGGGGUUUGGAGUGGUCCUCCUAGAGCUAUUAACUGGUCUAAGAGCAUUAGACCCAACCCGACCAUCUGCGCAACAGAACCUUGUCGAAUGGGCUAAACCGGUUCUGACCCAGAAAAAGAAAAUCCAGAAAAUGAUGGACCCACGGCUCGAGCAAAAUCUUGAGAGAGAACACAUUCGUAGGAUCUUCAUUGUUUACUUGUCUUUCACUAGAACAGCUAGAGCUGUUACUACUACUCACGAGGAAGCAGGAGACAAGAACGUGGUCUUGUUGGAUUGUUGUUGUAAUAAAGAUGUUGCAUCUUGUUGGAAGUUCUCAUAG